AUGGCAGAAUGCUACGGAUGGAAGGAUGUUCUGGGGGGCGGGGCCCCUCAGUUUACGCCUGGGCAGUGUGAAUUCUUCGGACCUGGCUCACGCGCGCUGUCUGAGGCUCUCGGCUGGGUCAUUGUUGUGGCAUUCGGUGCCCUGUUCACGCUGCUCACCUCCGGCAUCGUGUUCCUUGACUACAAGUAUGGCGGCACCAACCACACCUCCGAGCAGUUCUCCACGGCUGGCCGCACUGUCAAGGCCGGCCUGACAGCCUGCGACAUCGUGUCCAAGUGGACCUGGGCUGCCACCCUCCUGCAGUCUGCCAACGUUGCCUACAAGUACGGUGUGUCGGGCCCCUUCUGGUACGCCUCUGGCGCCACCAUCCAGGUGCUGCUGUUUGCCGUGCUGGCCGUCGAGGUCAAGAGGAAGGCACCCACCACCCACACUGUCCUGGAGAUUGUCAAGGCCCGCUGGGGCACAACAGCACACAUCGUGUUCCUGGUGUUCUGCAUGCUGACCAACAUUAUCGUCACAUCCAUGCUCAUCCUGGGUGGUGCAGCUGUUGUUGAGGCACUGUCUGGCGUCAACAUCUAUGCUGGUGCCUUCCUGAUUCCCGUGGGUGUGAUGCUGUACACUGCCCACGGUGGUCUCAAGGCCACCUACAUGGCUGCCUGGGGUCACGUUGCUGUGAUCUACAUCGCACUGGUGGUGUUUGGUUUCAUGAUCUUUGCCAACCCCGCUUCCAAGGUGGGGCUGGGCUCCAUCUCCAAGGUGUACGACAACCUCACCACAAUGAGCAAGGUCUUCCCGGUUGCCCACAACAAGGAGGGCUCCUACAUGACCAUGAUGUCCCUCGACGGCCUGGUCUUUGGUAUCAUCAACGUCAUUGGAAACUUCGGCACUGUGUUUGUUGACCAGGCCUACUGGCAGAGCGCCAUCGCCGCCAAGCCCUCUGCAACGUACAAGGGCUACCUGCUGGGCGGCCUGUGCUGGUUUGCCGUGCCCUUCUCCAUGGCAACUGCCAUGGGCCUGGGCGCUCGCGCCAUGAACCUGCCCAUCACCAUCACCGAGUCCAACAAGGGGCUGGUGCCCCCGGCUGUCGCCACCAUGCUGCUUGGGGCCGGCGGUGCCUUCCUCAUGGUGUUCCAGCUGUGGAUGGCCGUGACCGCCUCUGGCUCUGCUGAGCAGAUCGCUGUGUCCUCCCUCAUCUCGUACGAUGUUUACCGCACCUACAUCAACCCCAAGGCCACGGGCAAGCAGAUGAUCCUUGCUGCUCGCUGCGUCGUCAUUGCCUACGGCAUUUUGUCCGGCGUGCUGGCCAUCGUGCUGCUCAAGAUCGGUCUCAGCCUUGGCUGGGUGUACCUCUUCAUGGGCGUGUGUGUCGGCUCGGCGGUGGUUCCCAUCGCCUUUUCCAUCACCUGGGCCAAGUGCUCGGCUGUGGGCGCUGUAUCCGGUGCCGUGGGUGGUCUGAUUGGCUCCGUCAUCACCUGGGUGUGCACUGCCAAGGGCCUGACCGGCGAGGUGACCAUUGACACCCUGGGCGGUGAUUACCCCAUGCUUGCGGGCAACCUGGUGGCCAUUCUGCUGUCAGGCCUCAUCUGCACCGUGGUGAGCCUCAUCAAGCCCCAGAACUUCGACUGGGCCAACCUGGCUGAGAUCCCCCUGGUGGAGGAGGACCCCAACGCCUACCUGUCCGACGGCAACGACUCUCCUGAGGCCCUCACCAAGGCCCUCAAGUGGACCUGGCUCACCGGUGGCGGCCUCUCCAUCCUGCUUGUCAUCCUCUGGCCGGUGCUGGCCCUGCCUGCUGGCGUGUUCAACAAGGCCUACUUCCACAUGUGGGUCAUCAUCGCUCUCAUCUGGGGCCUCGCGGCCUCUUUCGUGUGCAUCUGCUUCCCCAUUUGGGAGAGCCGCGUGCACAUUGGCAAGAUCAUGACUCAGCUGUUGUCGUGCUCGCCUUCGGAGAGCAACCAGGAGGCUUUUACCGACACAGUCAAGAAGGUGCGUGGCGCAGACGCUGCUGCUGAGGUGGACCAGACCUCCGUCAAGGCUGUGCCUGAAAUGACCAAGUGA